AUGAACAACACUUUGGUGACAGUAGGAAUAGUUUCGUUUCUUUCGGGAGCACUUUUAAGUCAAUGGCUCUUGGCACAAAAAGUGCACUCAAGACCAAGAAAACUUGAAAGAUAUCUAUCAUCAGACGAUGAAGCUGAAACUGAAGAUGACGAUGAGCAAGGCGAGGAAGAAGACGACGUUGAGAUCGAGUCCUUGGCAUUAAAUGAGGUACCAGGAGAAGUAAGAAUGACCUUGUGCGUGCGACAGGACUUGAAAAUGGGCAAGGGCAAAGCUGCGGCACAGUGCUCCCACGCUACAUUAUCCUUAUACAAGAAAAUCACCAACCCCAAUUCGCCCGCGUACAACCCCGAGAUGGUACGCCGAUGGGAGUAUGGCAAUGGACAAGCGAAAAUCACCCUCCAGGUACCAAACCAAGAGGAAAUGGACUUGCUCUUUGCCAAAGCCAUGAGUCUCGGCAUCAAUGCAUGCAUCAUCCACGACGCGGGCAGGACGCAGAUCGCGGCUGGCAGCGCCACUGUCUUGGGGCUAGGUCCAGCACCAAAGAGAACGCUUGAUGAAGUAACUGGAAAAUUGAAAUUGUAUUAG